GAAGCGGGGGCGGGGCUUCGUGUGGCUCUUCCUGCGCCCGGCCCCCGAGCUCCCAGGGUGGGAAGGGGGUCUUGGCGUCCGGGGAUGGUUGUACAGACACCGAGACAAGUGUGGAGAGGGGCCCUAGACGCCCGGGUCAGAGGCGGGGACAGGGCCAGGACACUGGGGUCUGGUCUUCAGCAGGGAGGUUCCACCCGCCCCUGAGUCCCCCGGGCCUGCUUCAGUUUUCCUUUGCAUCUCAACGGGGCCAGGCCCCUUCCCUCUGCCCCCAACCCCCACCCCUCAUCCCCGCUGCAGUGGUUGAAGUCUGCUCCCAUCCCACUGUUCUUUGUGACCUCCUUUCACCAGCUGCCCGCCUGCCUUCAUGCUGCCCCUGCGCCUGCGCCGGCUGUGGCCCCACAGCCCUCCCACUCGGUUCUUCGCAGCGGCCGCCCGGCAGCGGUGGUUGUCAAGCAUCGCUGUGCAUAACCCAGGCGGGGUGUGGGGAGCUUACAAAACUGCAGAUUCCUGGGCGCUGCUCUGGAGAUUCUGAUUUGCAGGAAUGAGGUCUGGCCCCAGUAACUACUAUGAACUGUUGGGGGUGCAUCCUGGUGCCAGCGCUGAAGAAGUUAAACGAGCUUUCUUCUCCAAGUCCAAAGAGCUGCACCCUGACCGGGACCCCAGGAACCCAGCCCUGCACAGCCGCUUUGUGGAGCUGAGUGAAGCGUACCAAGUGCUGAGCCAUGAGCAGAGCCGCCGCAGCUAUGACCACCAGCUCCGCUCGGCAGCUCCCCCAAAGUGUCCAGGAACCACAGCCCAUCCCAGGUCUGCUCAUCAGGCACACAGCAGCUCCUGGGCACCCCCCAAUGCAAAAUACUGGGCCCAGUUUCAUGAAGUGAGGCCGCAGGGACCAGAGUCAAGGCAGCAGCAGCACAAGCACAACCGGCGGGUGCUGGGGUACUGCCUCCUGGUCAUGCUGGCAGGCAUGGGCCUGCACUAUGUUGCCUUCAGGAAGCUGGCGCAGAUGCAUCGUAGCUUCAUGGAUGAAAAGGAUCGGAUCAUUACAGCCAUCUACAAUGACACUCGGGCCCGGGCCAGGUCUGUCCCAGCUCUUUCCUGCCCUCUCCUCACUGUCCUGGCGCCACCCUCCAGGAUCCCAGUCCCGACUACCAGGUGCUCUCCCCUGCAGGGCCAACAGAGCCAGGCCCCGGGAGGAGCAACGGCAGGGGCAGCAGCUGCAGCCACCACCCGGGCCUCCUCAAGGCCCCGGGAUCGUGCCCCCCGGCCCCAGCCCCUGAGCGGCUCACCUUGGAGAGCUCACCUUGGAUGGGGCCUGCGGUGUGCUCCCUUCUGGGACACCCCACUCCCCAAAACGCGUGCAAUAAAGUGAUUCUCAGA